CCGCCUUAUCUGUGAAUAAUCCUCACAUGUGUUCUCAACAAGAUUGCAUAAUUUAGAGUGACUGUUUACAUUGGACUUGGUGUCAGACCAGUAUUCUUGGUUAGGUUAUCCACUAACUUAUGUUUUAGCUUUUUUAGCUGCUGUGUUUAGCCGUGCAUUCCAAAUUGCUCUUCGCCAGAUUCAGGAAGUUACUAAUCAUUUCUUGAAUUUUUUCCUCUAUAACGCAAGUAGAAUGUCUGUUGAAACAGUUUUAGGACCCAUAGCAUCAUCUAAACUUGGAAAGGUUCUUACUCAUGAGCAUUUUUCGAUUAAAUAUGACCGCUUUAACAUAAAAGCACCAGAAGUGGUGAAGUCUUAUCUGGAUCAACCGAUCUCUAUGGGCAAUCUUGGAUUUGUUCGCCAAUAUCCCUACUCCUGCCCUUACAAUGUAACUUUCAAUGAUGAAGACUCGAAUGUAGCGGUAAUGAAGGAUGUCAGUCUAUUUAAGCAAUUUGGAGGAGGAACAAUUGUAGAGAAUUCUUGUCAUGGCUUGCACAGAGAUUUAAAACUCCUGAAAAAAGUGAGUUUGGAGACAGGUGUAAAUGUAAUUGUUGGAACAGGUUUUUAUGUUAAGUAUGCACAAUCAGAUUCAACGCUGAAAAUGAAGACUGAAGAAAUUCACGAUUUAAUUUACCAAGAAAUUAACAGUGGCUGUGUUGAUGACAAUACUAUUAAGUGCGGCUUUAUUGGGGAGGUCGGCAGCUCUUGGCCAAUAUCUGAUUUUGAAAAGCGAGUAAUUGUGGCAACUGCUCAAGUCCAGGCAGCACUGAAAUGUCCUGUUACUUUUCAUCCAGAUCGAAAUCCAAAAGCUCCAUUUGAAAUCAUCCGGAUAUUUUUGGAAGCCGGCGGAAAAGUGGACAAAACAGUCAUGUCUCAUUUAGACAGAACUUUACACAAGAAUGAGGACUUGUUGGAAUUUGCAGGGCUCAAAACCUACUGUCAGUUUGACUUGUUUGGAAAUGAGUGUUCAUUCUAUCAGCUAGCACCAGAGCAAGACAUGCCGUCAGAUGGGCAGCGCAUAAAUAAAGUAAUGGCUCUCAUAGAGGAAGGCCGAGGCGAUAGAAUACUUUUAUCACAUGAUAUUCAUACAAAACACCGACUGGUCUCUUUUGGAGGACAUGGUUAUGCCCACAUUUUAAACAAUGUAGUGCCAAAAAUGAAAAUCAGAGGUAUCUCGCAGGAGAUGAUUGACAACAUUUUAAUGGAAAACCCUAAACGGUGGUUGGAAAUGCCCAACUGAUGAAAGAAAUAUUUACCUCAGAUCAGGCGGGGUGAAGCUUUUAUACAAACUUUAUGUUAAAUACUGUGAUAUAAAUUUCACGUAAAUGUUAUACCAGAUGCAGUCUCAGUUAAGUGAGAUGAUGAAAUUCUAGCCAUCUAUCUUUAGAAGACACAUAAGCCUUUUUAUGAACUUGCUACAUUUUACAUAAUAAUAGAUUCAUUGAUUAUGAUCCCAUGUUAUCAUUUCAUCUCAGAAUCAGCAAGAAUACAUUUAAAAUUGUUAUGUUUUUCUAUCAUGUGAAUGCAUAUCUAGAUGUACAAGGCUUAUCUCUAAACAUCUGAAAAAUUGCCAUGAGGGACUGAUUCUGAAAGAAUUUGCCUUAUCAUAAAGAAGCAGUUUUCUCGCGAUAAUUCUGAACGUGAAAAAUGUAGUAAUGUACAAUUCUUCUAUGAAAAGCUACUGAUAAGGUAGGAUAAGUGGGAUUUUGAGUUACAACGGAAUAAAAAAACAAAAAAAAAAGGAUAAGAAAAGAAAAACAAAAUAUCAAAAGUGAAAAAAUAGUUAUAAUUGUAAAUUACACCCUCGAAUGAGUACUAAAGUAACAAAAGAUUUAUUGAAA